AUGGAAUAAAAAUCUAAUAUAUUGAUAAUAGACGGAAGACAUUCUUUAUUUAAAAAGAGAGAGAAGAUAGGUAAUCUCAAAAAUAAGGAAGAUAUUUCUGAAAUACUGAAAAAUUCCUAGCCUGACGAAUAAUCUUUAAAGCAUAUUUACUCAAUUUAAAAUGAAUUUAAAUUUUAUAUAUUGCUACCUACUAAAUCAUAGGCGAAAAUAAGUUUUUACUAAUCUCUCAGAAAGGAAUAUCCUAAUUUGUUUGAUUUAAGUAGUUCUAAGAGUGUUUACUUUUAAGAUUUACUAAUCUAAGAUCUUGAGAAAGAAAUAUCGAAUAUUUUAGAAAAAGAAAAUUAGAAUAGCUCUAUUGAAUCUGUUUCUAUAAUAUCUCAUAAUUUGUUCAAAUUUAAAUAUAAUUUUGCUAAUGUAAACUAUCCUGUCUAUAAGAUUUUAAUGUCUUGCUUCUCAUAAGAAUAUAAUAAACGAAGAAAUUUAGAAUGUGAAAGUUAUGCUCAAAAUUUAGUUGACUAUCAUGCAUCGAAUCUCUUUUAACUACCUUCAGCAGUCAAAUUUUUACUUAAGCUGUAGGAGUAAUAAUAAAAUGAAGAAACUCUUUAAAAGAUUUAUAACAUCGGAUAUUUCUUUGAUUAUUCUAAGCAGUCUCAAAUGAAUAAUUACAACAUAACAAAUGCAAAUUACCCAUAUAAAUUCACUCCUUUAGAUUUCAGACUACCUUAUGAAGGUGAUAUUCCUCCUUAUGGAAAGGACAAAAAUGACAAUAAAACUGUAAGUUUAAUGAUACACAAGUUUUAAGAUAUUUAUAAAGAUAAAACAGAAAAAGGAUAGCAAUUAAUACAACAAUAGGAAUCCAAUUUUUAGAAUUUCAUUUAGAAAUUUAAAAGCUAAUUGAUUAUAAUUGAUGACACCUUAAAGCAAGAUAAAAUAAGAAGUAGAGUAGAUUUUGACAAUGAAUUUUAAAACUUAUUAAAUAGCGAAUAAGCUAAAUAAAUCUUAUCUAAAUACCCUUCGCAUUUUAUUUCAACUCCUAAGAUAUUCCCCUUUGAUCCAAAAAUUUAAGAUAUUGAAGAGUUUAUCUCAAGAGUUGAAAAAUAAGCUAUCUUUCCAAUAAUUGUCAAAACUGUUGUAGCGACUUGUAGUAAAGAAAGUCACUUUAUGGCCUUAGUACAUAAUAUAAAUUCUUUGAAAAAGUUCCUUUUAGAUUCACCUUUAGCAGGCUGGAGUGUGAUAAUACAAGAAAUGAUUAAUCACGAUAACAGAAUAAAUAAAAUUUAUGUGAUAGGAAAUCAUACAGAAAUUCAAGCAAGAGUAUCAAUACCAAAUAUAGAUGUAGAGUAGUACAAAGAUAAAGAUGAUGCUGUUUGGACAUUUGAUUCUUAAAAAGGAUUCAAAGAAUAGUUACCUAUACAAGUUCCAGAUAAACUUGAAAACCCUAACAGCACUUUACAUAAAGAUUUAAUACAAGAUUUGUCCAAACUAAUAAGAGAUUAUUUUAAUCUUAACAUUUUUGGAUACGAUAUUGUAUAAAGAACAGGAACUCAAGAAUAUUACAUUGUUGAUAUUAAUUAUUUCCCAGGAUUUAAGAAUUUUAAUGAUGUUAAUGGAAAAUUUUUAAAACUUUAUCAAGAUUUAAUUUCUAAAAGUCAAUAUGAAUAACAAUAAAAUUGA